AUGUCUCACAUUAUGAUCAUCAGUUUUGCGGCGGCUUUUACGGGAGCAUUCUUGGAGUCCAAGUAUGAACCAUCCACACUCAUUGGUUUGGACGGAGUUGGUCCAACCGGGCUACCCCAAGCCUUUGGUAUUACUCCUGUCAUUUUGGCUGGUCUGAGCUUUUGGAUUCUAAUUCACGGCUUUUUGGUGGUGGGAGCUGCCAGGAACAAGUACAUCGAAUUGGCAGAAAAGGACGGCGAGAAGGAAGUCAAGGCGCGCUACGGCAUGCCCAAUCUGUAUGCUCAAGGCACCUCCAAGAAUGCUCUGGCCUUCAAUUGCGUCCAGCGAUCCCACCAACAAAUCUUUGAAACCUUCCCCCAGACAUGCUUGCUCAGCAUGGUGGGAGCUGUCCACUACCCAAUCACAAUCGCGGCCACCUUGACAGUGUACGCCAUUGGACGAUACACACUGUCCAUGUGCUACGCUGCAGCAGAUGGGGAUGCUGACAAACGCUACUCGAGCAAAUUGGCGCCAUGGACAUGGUAUGGAUACAUUUCCACCAUGGUUGUUGCUGCUGUUUCUGGUGUCUCUUUCCUUGUCGGAAAGGCAGUGUUGUAA